AUGGCCUCAUCCACGCGGCUCAUGCCGGUGUUGUACCCACUGCGUGCGUCCAAAGAAGCGCUGGGGUCCUACACACAUUUACUCUGCGUGCAUGUCCGACGUGAUGACUUGCCUGCGCCUCUCUUUGAGGCUCUUCAAGAGAGUACCAAUGAAAUGAUCGAAGAAGGUGCGACAUACCCGUACGAGGAGGCCAUGGAUGCCCAAGCGUUCCAGCAAGCGUUUGUAGCCUACGAUUUGAUGGUGGGGAUCCUUGUCCGACCUACGCACGCGUACGAGCCCGGUGCGAAGGUGGUGCUGCAUGAGAUCCUGCCGAGCGAGGUCGACACGCCCUUGCAUGAGGUGCUCACACAAUGCACAUGGCCCGCACAACUCGGCGGGUUCUACUACGUCAAGCCGAACUACCCUGGCCGCUCGAGUCACAAUUGCAAUGCUGGGUUCAUUGUGCCAACACGCCUACGUGGAUGUGGGGUUGGGUCCAUUCUGGCCCAAAGCUACCUGUACGUGGGCCCUGCCCUGGGCUACCGUGCGAGUGUAUUCAAUCUGGUGUACAGUACGAACAAAGCGAGCUUGCGGCUCUGGGAGACGCUGGGCUUUGAGUGUGUCGGCCGGAUCCCUCAAGCGGGCCGCAUGCGCGUCGAAGAUCACGAAGAGCAGGUCAUGUCGAGUGCACGUCCGAUUGUCUUGUGUGGUCCCUCUGGAGUGGGCAAGAGCACGCUGAUCAAGCGCCUAUUUGAUGAGUACCCGGACUCGUUUGGGUUCAGUGUGAGCCACACGACGCGUGCUAUGCGUCCUGGUGAGGAGAACGGCAAGUCGUACCAUUUUGUGUCGCGCGACCAAUUUGAGGACUUGAUCAAGAAGGGCGAGUUUCUUGAGCAUGCCGAGUUCGGUGGCAAUUUGUACGGCACCUCGGCGCAGGCCGUACGUGAUGUGAGUGAGAAGGGCGAGGGCCGUCGUGCGAUUCUCGAUAUUGAUGCGCAAGGUGUGCGUCUCAUCAAGGCCAACCAUGCGCAUCUGAACCCUGUCUACGUAUUUAUUUCGCCGCCGACGUACGACACGCUGCGCUCGCGUCUGGAAGGCCGAGCUACCGAUGCGCCUGAGGCGAUUCAGCGUCGUCUGCGCAUGGCGCUGCAUGAGCUGGAAUAUGCACGCCAAGGCAAGGACGCGUUUGAUGUGGUGAUUGUCAACGACGACCUGAACCGUGCGUACGGACUUCUGCGCAACGUCGUCCAUGACAAGCUGGACGGCCCCUUUGACCAGGUACCGCCGCCGGAUAACGCUGAAGAAGCGUAUCGUCAAUCGGCUUCGUCGUAG